AUGUCAUCUUAUCAUCGUAAUAUUUCUUCACAUUAUUUAGAGAUUUGUAUUGGUGGUGUUGGUUAUCAAACUGAACCUCAUACUUUAUUAACUUAUUUUGAACAAUUUGGUACUAUAGAUCAUUAUAGUUUUACUUCACCAAAUGGUGGUGGUAUUGUUUUUAUUACUUAUACUAAUCCUAAAAGUGUUGAUCGGUGUAUGACUAGUCGACCACAUCGACUUGAUGGUCAACAUUUAUAUGUUAAACGUGCUAUACCAUAUAAUGCUGAAUAUCCACGUGAACAUAUAGAUUCAUCACGUGAUAUAAUGAUUGUUAUUGAUUCUAUAAAUGUUGAUGAACUUUCUUUAAAAGAUUUACGUGAAUAUUUUUCUUCAUAUGGUACUUUAUAUGCUUGUAAAUAUUGUCAUGAAGCAAAUUUUGAUUAUAUUCUUGUUGAAUUUGCUGAUUAUGAUCAAGUUGAUCGAAUUAUUCUUGAUAAACCACAUUAUUUUAAUAAACAUGAAUUAAAUAUAAUGAAAUAUAUUGCAGCAAAUAAAAUUUUAAUGAGUUUAAAAUAUUCUACAAAAGAAAAUUCAUCAAUAAAACAAAAUUCAAUUGAUAUUGAUGAUGAAUAUAAAUUUUUAAAAUUUGAAUUAAAUUUAAAAAAGAAUGAUUUAAUAAAUGAACAUGAUCUUGAAAAUGAAGCUUAUCAACUUCAAAAUCAUUUAAAACAAAUUAUUGAAGAUUUUAAUAUUAAACGAAAACAACUUGAAGAUGAUUGUUGUGAACAAUUAAGAAAACUUAAUGAAAAUGCUGAUAAAACUCAUCAAUUACAACAAGAUCUUGAACAAGAAUAUGCUAAAUUAUUAGUUGAAUAUGAAUCACUUAAACAUGAAAAUGAAGUACUAAAUGAACAAUAUAUAACGGCUGAAUUAGAAAAUUUUGAAAUAACAUCAUAUUAUGAACAAAUUCUUCUUGAAGAAAAAGCUAAAACAGCUCAAUAUGAAGCUGAAUAUACUGAAAAGCUUCGACUUUUAUAUACAAAUGAUUCAAUUCCACAAUCUUCUUCUCGUCCUACAAGUAUUACACGAACAUCAACAUCUUUAUCACCACCUGCUGUACCCGAUGGUGAUGAUGACGAUGAAUGA